AUGCAGUCAACCGCGGGACAUCGACGAUGCGCGAACGACCCAUAUUCGCGUGGUCUCUGCGACCGAUUGAAGAAAUCGCGAGCGAUUACCGAAAUCGGUCAUUCGGCGACCGCCGGAGCAGACCUUGUGCAACCAGCGAAGGUUUUAGUGCGCGAAGUAGGCAAAUACCGGUCGAAAGCUAAUGGGAUGGGCAGCGGCUGCUACGAUUCGCAAAAGCGACCUCUGGGGCCCGGGCGCACACGAGCGCUCUGCAGCGCCAUCUCCGGGCGAUCGACAGCGACGACCGAUAAUAAUGGUUCAAUGAUUGGGCAAGACGCGCAUUCAUGUGUUCAAUAUCAUGAAGUUUCUGGGGUCGCCCCUUUCCAGUUACGCUGCCGAGUGAUAUGGGCCGAGCGAAGGUUACGUCUCUCGGGCGUGGGGCAGAAGGCAGAAGGCAGUGGCCAGGAGGCACUGUCACCGACUACGCGUCUCAGACAUGCUCGACGCCCGACCGUUCCUCGCUUAAGGAUAGAAGUCUCUCAGUUCGCGAGUUUUGUGACGCGUGCGAGUGACUGUUUUGCAUUUCAAAGUGAACGAGGUAAAGAAAACUGUACAAUGACGCCAUCUAUCGGCGUAGCCGAGUACUACGCCAAUAAAACUGUGUUCAUCACAGGGGCAACGGGUUUCAUGGGGAAAGUUUUGAUCGAAAAGAUGUUGCGGUGCUGCCCGGACGUUAAAAAGAUUUUUCUGUUGAUGAGGCCGAAGAAAGGGCAGGGCACGAAAGAACGACUCCACGAUUUCAUUAACUGUAAGGUGUUUGAAAAGUUACGGACGUCGUCUCCCGAAUGUUUCGAAAAACUGCACGUGAUCCCGGGGGACAUAUUGCAAGAGGAGCUCGGCAUCUCCGACGAACAUCGCCGGCUACUCCAAGAGGAAUGCCAAUGCGUCUUCCAUUGCGCCGCAUGCGUAAGGUUUGACAUGUUCAUCAGAGACGCCGUGAACAUGAACACAGUGGGCACCAUGAAAGUUCUGCGUCUCGUGGAAGGAAUGAAGAAGCUGGAGGUGUUCGAGCACGUGUCGACCUCUUACUGUCGUUGCGAAGUGCACACGCUGGAGGAGAGGUUGUACCCGGCCCGACACAAGCCCCAAGACGUGGUACACACCACUCGAUGGAUGGACGACGAUCUCCUUACCUACUUACAACCCAAACUGAUCGACCCCCAGCCUAACACUUACGCCUAUACCAAGAAUCUUACGGAGGACCUCGUCACGCAAUACGAAGGCAAAUUCCCCAUCGUCAUCGCGAGACCGUCUAUCGUUACCGCAGCUCACAAAGAGCCGAUUCCCGGAUGGGUGGAUAACAUGAAUGGUCCCACUGGACUAUUGGUAGGGGCUGGAAAAGGCGUCAUCCGCACGAUGCACUGCAACGAUCGCUAUUUGGCAGACGUGAUGCCGGUGGACAUGGCGGUUAAUGCGUGCCUCUUACUCGCCUACCUCACUGCGAUAGACAGGCCGAAAGAAAUCAGAGUGUGUAACGUGACGCAGUCCGGAGUCAACCCUCUCACUUGGGGUCUAGCUUUAGACUUAGGUCGCGUGCACGUCCACGAGUUUCCGUUCUCGCUGUGCUUGUGGUACCCGGGCGGAUCACCGAAGAGCUCGCGCGCACACCAUCUCCUGGCUUUGCUCUUCACUCACAUGAUACCCGCCUACUUCGUGGAUCUACUCAUGUUCCUCAUGGGGAAAAAGACCUUCAUGGUGAAGAUACAGAAACGGGUCAGCUACGGGCUGGCCGUUCUCCAGUACUACACGACGAAGGAGUGGUUCUUCGACAACGAGCUCUACCGCUCGCUCCCGGAUUUAGUCUCGGAGGCAGACCGGAAAGUCUUCUACACGGAUCUCAGGCUGGUCAACUGGAGCUCGUACAUUCGGAACUACAUAAAGGGCGCUCGCGAGUUUUGCUGUAAGGAGGACCCGAGUACGCUACCGGCCGCUAGGCGGCGCCACACGCAACUAUUCUACCUUGACCUAGUCGUUCAGACGCUGGUCUACUCUCUCUUAGCCUACUUUGUCUAUUACUAUAUCAUUAGGAUUUUGAGCUAG